AUGGCUGAAGCUUUGUGUGAGUUUGAGCGGAAAUUAUUGAGAGGUGGGAACAGGAAGAGAUCCAAUUCCAAGAGAAGGAGAUUAUCAUCAUCAUCAUGUUGCUGGCGGAUACAAUAUCAGUACUGUAUGGGCAACUUUCCAAGUCCACACCAAAUUGCGGGCCUUAAUGAGGACACACUGAAUCACAAGUGCAACUUAGGAUACAGAGCAUCAACAAUACUAAAAUUAGCUCAAUCCAUUGUAAAUGGAAGUUUUGAUUUAAAUUAUCUCCAACAAUUGGAUCACGUCAAGCUCCGCCCGAUUCUAAUGAGCAUGACAGGUUUUGGCUCCUUUGUGGUUGCAAACAUCAUGAUGUGCCUUGGCUUCUAUCAAGACAUUCCGGUUGAUACUGAAACCAUCAAACAUUUGGAGCAGGUACAUGAAAAGACAGGGAUAACUACAAAAAAUAUCAAUGGAGGGGCUCUUUCACAAAUCUAUGAUAAGUUUGCACCAUUUCAAUGCCUCAUCUACUGGAUGGAGCAUGUCAAAUAUUAUGAAACGAAAUUAGGUAAGCUUAGCGAGUUGCCACACUCGAAAUACCAUAAUGUAGCGACAAGCAACUUCAAAACUUGCAUUUCCGGAAAGGAUAGUUAG